AUGCAGCGCCAAGUCCAGCCCGACCUCAAAGUGGAAGGUGUGGAGAUGGCUAAAUAUCAUGGUGGACUUGAUGAAAGUUUGGAGUUGUUCUUUUUCCAUGCCCACAAGUACUGUCAGUCGCAAAACAUUGACAUGUACAAUGAAAGACACCAACUACGCUGUCUCCUUGAUCACUGUCAAUCUGAGAGGAGCAGCAGCAGCGUGGUAUUUAUGCAACAGAUUGAGAGAGAAGUGAGACGACCUGAAGCAAAAGAAUUACAAGAGUCUGGAAGAGUACAUCACUAA